GCUUUUAAUGUUUAUUAAAAAAAUUGCUUUAUAUUUAUUUAAUAUAUAUUGUGUAGUUUAUUGAUAUAAGUGUAACAUGACGCAUAACCAAUAAUAUAUUACUAGAAAAUAAAAACAAAUCUGGUAACAAUGGUUGAACAAUGUAAUAAUAUAGUGUGGAAGACAUAAUAGUGUAGAGAUAUCAGUAAAACAAUUUUGUGCCUGAAUGCCUGUUAUGGAAAAUAUAUAUCUCUUAAUUCUUAUCACAAUGGGAAUUCCUAGUGUAUCCUCGAGUAUUAAUUGAUAACAACUAUUAAUAAGCAACAGCAAAAUAUUUUUGUAUUUGUCUUCUUUAAACAAAUAAACCACAAUUUUAUAUUGAUUGUUAAAAGGUUAUUAGAUCAAUGUGACAAUAGGACUUUUACUGCAGCUUCUGUCGCCAGAUUGCAGCACUAGCACAUGUAGCAGUUUUUAUAAAUGUUAAACUUUAUUCACAGGGCAGUAAAUGAGCAUUAAUAAGUUCAUUGGAAUUUGGCUUUUUUAAUUCAUAAUGGGGAAGAUUCAAAUUUUCUCAAAUAAUCUAUCAUUGUUGCAUAAUUGGGUGUAACAAGAAAGGGAAUCAUUUAUUUCCAAACUAUAAACAUUAAAAAAAGGUUUGAGCUUUGUAUAUCAUUGCUUAUUGUUUUUUUUCCAAAUGUGAAAAAAACAAUAAGCUUGAGGUUGCAAAAAAUGACAUUAUACUAAUAUCACAUAUUGAUUUACUGAUAUUUUACCUACAUACAAUGAGACAGAAUUUUGUUUUACAUAAGUAGCCUGAUACAAAUAUGAGAAAAACGGAAAUAAUUCAAUAUAAGCCUGGAAUAUUUUUAAUCAAGUUUGUGAGCCAAUUACAAGAGACUAUAUUUAAGAAUCCAUCUCAUUUUAGCUACGGAAGGUAUAAAAAAAUUAUUAACACAACUUUUUUCACAAAUUUUGGUUUUGUUACUUAUAUUACUUUACUUAUAUUAUCAUAUGAAAAUUACUGAAAUCCAACUAAAAUAUUUACAGGAAAUAGUAAUUUUUAUUAAACUUUAUUUUUUACUUUUUUUGUAGUGGUAGUUUAAUAUGAUAAAAAUGUAAAGUAUUUCUGAGUGGAUUUCAAUGAUAUUUCGUAGAAUAUGUGUUUAACUCAAAAGUCAGCUUCAUAUAUUUCGUGUGAUAUUUUUGCUUCAUAAAUAAUUAUAAGGCUAUGCAAUAUCGAGUAUAUUGUAGUAAUAUCGAUUGAAGCCAUAUUUCAUUGUUAAUAUUAUUGUUUUUAACAAAUAUUUUAAAAAUAUUUAUUGUCCAUGUUUUUAUAAAAAUAUACUCAUAUUACCAAAUAUAAUAACUGAGAAUCGUAACUGAGAAGAGGGUAGGCAAUAUUGUACUUACAUUAGCUCCGUAUAAUUAUUCAAUAAAAAUUAUUUAAAGAUCAAAUAAACAAGUUUUUAUUAAUAAUAUAAAUAAAUUGUUAUCGAGAUUAUCAGUGACAUUAAUAACAGUGAAAAACUUAUCGACGCAAUAGUGAAAAUUAUUACUUUAUUGAUGUGAUGUGUCAAAUCAAUAGAAGAUUUUUGCUAAGCACGCAAAUAUGUGAAGUGUAUUGAUAUAGAAAGAAAGAAGAGUAAAUCUAAUAAAUAACUAACAACUGAGUUCCUCAAUACGAAAAAGGUUGGUGAAAUCAAUAUAAAACAAUCUUAACAAUUUUACAUAUCAGUGAUCUCCGGCAAAGAGCGACAUCUACCAAACUUCGCUAGAACUAUUACAAAUUGCCAAUAACCUGCCCACAAACAAUUAAACAACGUUGAACCAGCAAGAUUCGAAUAGUACCGAAGUUAACGAAAGAUGGCUAAUAUAUGUGCCGGUUGCAAGCAAAUAAUACAAGAUAGACGAUUCUUAAUAUGUUCACAAUGUCAACAGAAUUAUGACUUAGAAUGCGCAAAUGUAUCUCAAUCGCGCUUUUAUAAAACAAUGACAUCUGAACAUAAAUCGUCUUGGAAAUGUCCAUUAUGUUUUUCAAAGAAACCAAAAGGUGAUAAUGAAAAUACCCCAGUGAGACCAUUAAACGUCGUUAAAAAACCAGAAACCCGGCGUAUUACCAUAUCACCAAACCUUGAAGACGAUCGGCAAAAUGUUACCAUACGGAAGAGGUCACAGACACACAAUGAGAGCUCAAUACUCGACGAAAGCGACCUAACUAAUUCCCCACAAGGAAACACCUUACUGACAUUAAAUAGUACUGAGAAUAUCGAAAAUAAGCAAAACGAUAUAGCAAAUUUUGAUAAAACAGAUCGCAUCCACCUGGAUCAGAUAAAUUCGCUCAUUCAGUUUAACCUUCAACAAAACAAUACAUACAUAAUAUCUGAAAUACAAACCAUUAUCCAAAAAGAAAUUGAGAGAUCUUUUACGUUACUAAAACUGGAAACCAAAACAUGCAUCGAAAAUAUAGAUAAAAAGCAAUUCGAAUUGGAACAAAGAAUUAAAUCUCUCGAGGAGGAAUGCGCUUCGCUUCGAAAUGAAAUGAAAAUAACAUUGAACAAAAUUGAUAAUACAAAGAGAAGUAAAUUUUCAGAUGCUUUUUUCCAAAAUGAAAGAUUUUUGGUUUUACAUGGACUGUCAUUUUACGAUUGGGAAACAGAGUAUGACUUAACAGAAAGAGUAAAAAACGUUUUCUUUGAAAUACUGAAUAUAGAUUUAACAGGAUAUAUUGAAGAAUUAAGCUACAUAGGAAAAAAGGGACAUACAAGACCAAUUAAAAUUGAGUUGAUAAGCAAGAAAAUGAAAAAAUAUUUACUCGAAAAUUAUGCAUGGUUCAAAAACACUGGAUUGGGAAUAACAGAAUAUUUGGAUGAAACUACAUUACGUGAACGAAAACUAUUAAAGCAGGCCCUUAAAACUGCUAGACAAAGUGGACAACAAGCAACGAUACGAAAUAACAAGUUAAUCAUUAACGGACAGGAGAUUAAAAUGAAAACGAGUGACCUAAACUGUGAAAAUAAAAAUCAUACCUCACGAAUAUUGGAAGAAUGUAUUACAAGCAAACACACAGGCUCACACCACACCAGCAUGGUAUCGGCAACUCAAGAUAAUUUUUUUCGUGACAAAGUUUAAUUUGUUCUUUCAAAAUAUGAGAAGUGUUAACAAUAAGAGACAUUUACUUGAAGCAUUAAUCGCUGAAAAACCGUUUCUAGAUGUAUUAUGUUUAAGCGAAACAUGGUUAAAUAAUGAUAAGUUGAAAUUGCUCAAUAUUAACGGUUAUAACGUAGGUGCAUCAUACUGUCGAAAGUCACAUGAAGGGGGAGGGGUAUGUAUACUUCAAAAGAAC